AUGGUGUAUGGGGGCAAGCCGAGCACCGGAUGUUACCUUUGUCGUAAGCGGAAGAUCAAGUGCGAUGAAGCGCACCCCGAGUGUCGGAAUUGCAAAAUAUAUGGCCGACCAUGUCCAGGCUACCGACCUGAUGCAGUCUUCCGCAAUGAAACCCAGAAGGUAGAGCGACUAGUGAAGAACAGUGGAAGUGCGAGCAGUGCAAGUGGGAGUGCACAAAGCACACCUACUUCGGCUACUUCGGCUGCUUCGACUAUUGCCGUUGUCGCUCCCCAGCGCAAAAGCACUCAAUUUCAUACGAAUGACCCAUUAAAUUUAUAUUCGCCUACCGACUCAACCUGGGAAGAGCGCGCUUUGUGCUAUUUCUUUGAUCAAUAUACCAUCCAAGCGGAUGAGGAUGGCGGUCAUUUGGACUACAUUCCUCCGCUAUAUGCGCGAGAGAUAGGACAGACCAGCGACUCAACACCAUCUUGCCUGAAGUGGGCAGUUGAUGCCACAGCGUUGAUGACCCUCGCCAACGCUAAGAAUGCGCCUGUUCUCAUGAAUAAGGCUCGACAAGGCUAUGGUAAAGCUUUGCGGGGCUUGCAGGAGGCUUUGAAUUCGCCAAUCCAUGCAGUCAAGGAUGAGACAUUCGCAUCAGUUGUUCUGCUCUCAUUGUAUGAAGAUAUCUCUGGCGAGCGGAAUGGGUUAUUCAGCUCGCACACAGCGGGCUUUGAGUUCUUGAUGAAGCUUCGGGGCGCAGGGCAGAUGGGCCACCAGCGUGGUCGCGAUAUGUUCAACUUUGCUUACACGCACACUUAUGUCGAGAUCCUUGCAUUGGGAGACAAUCCCCGCUUCGACCUUGAUUGGGUUAGUGGAAUGCUGAACAGCGAUUGUCCCGUCGAACAACUCAUGCUGUCGGCAUCUAAGUUAACACGGCUCUUCCUUUUAAUGCGAUCCACUCCCCAACCCCCAGAUCAGGCGACCGUGGAAUCAUGGAUCACCGCUGGCCGAGAAUGCGACGCCGAACUUUCUCAGUGGACUCAAACUCUGCCCGACCGAUGGCUUCCACUCGUGGUGUAUUCAGCCCACGGCGAAUCCCUCUUAACCUAUAACCGCAUUUCCAACGCCAUCAUCUGGUACUAUUACCGCGCAGUGCGAGUGAUGUUGCAACAGUUGCUUCUCGGCUUGAAUCGGACUCUUACUACCAUCAAAACAGCCAACAAGCAGUGGUCGAGCUCCGGAACAAGCGGCUCCGGGAUGGAUUUCGAGCCCCUCGAUGAAGCAAACUUGCUUGCUGUCAUUUGUGAAAUGACCACGGAUACUUGUCGCAGUAUUCCCUUCUCGUUGGCUGAUGUUGACUCUCUCGGCCGUCCCAAUCAAGCACACAGUCCACUACAGAUCCGUGCAGCUCAAGGGUACGGUCUCCUCUGGCCCCUUUGGUACGUGCUCUCCUGUGGCAUGCCCACCGAGGCACAGGUACAACAAAUUCGAACGGCAUUAUGGCGAGUUGGGUCCAAACUGGGUAUCAAACUGGCUUUGAUUCUUGCUCGCGAGGCAGAAACGAUACGUGGGACGCAGACCGACAUCACUGCGGGUAUGAAUCAGCGAUUCUGA